AUGUCAUCUGUCAAAAUAUGUUUUACGUAAAUAAGAGGAAAUAUUAUUGUUUCUAUUUUUUAUUAAUACAUUAUUUCCAAAAAGUGUUAAAUAAGAAGCCUCAUGCUCAAGAACAGCAAGCUGUUUGGCGACUUGAAUGUGCACUAGGUGUUAUAUCAGAACCGGAUUGUCCUGUGGAUGGAGGUUGGUCCCCUUGGUCCUCCUGGUCAACCUGCCACGGGACGUGCGACGAUGUUGGAUAUCGCAAAAGGACAAGAGAAUGCAAUAAUCCACCGACUUCCAAGGAAGGCAUACCAUGCAGUGGUUCCGACGAACAAAUCGAAUCUUGUUAUCUAACACACUGUGUAGUGGAUGAUUUUAGAAAAUGUUUAAAUGGAGAUUCCAUUAGAACAGAUGCAAUGCGACAGUUAGAAACAGUACCAAGCAUAAUGGAGCGAUGUCUUCAAGUUGAAUGUACGUUUUAUGACAUUGAAAACGCUUUAGCAGAAGACAAUACGUGGCAGCUUAACCCUGAAAUUAUAUGGAACGCUCUUCAAUGUGUUAAACAUAAUGUAGGGUGUCCUGUAGCGGGAGAAUGGGGUCCAUGGGGAGCGUGGUCAGCAUGCGGCUCACUUUGCGGUAAAGGAUUUCACUGGAGAAUCAGAAAAUGCGACACUCCUCCGCCAUCUGAUGAUCGGCUAAUAUGUCUUGGAAAUCCUCUACAAUUUGAAGACUGUGAAGGCGAUCAAUGUGCUAUUGAUGAGAGUUACACCGGAGAAAAUACAGGAGGCAAUUGGAGCAAAUGGGGAGAAUGGUCCCCGUGUUCUGAAAAUUGUGGUAUUGGUGUAAGGCGUAGGAGAAGGGUAUGCAUUGAGAAACAAAAGCCACAUAUUUCUGCUAAAUGGGGAACACAUUGUAGGGGUCAACAUGCUCAAAUGGAAGUUUGUAAAAACAAAGAGUGCUUACUAGAUGGCGGGUGGUCAGGAUGGGGCAUAUGGGGACCUUGUUCACAAACAUGUGGAGCAGGUAGGCGCUUUAGAACUCGGUCAUGCACUAGGCCAAUGCCAUCUGGAGGUUCGAAUUGUGUAGGUCCUAAAUAUGAAGAAGGCCCUUGUCAUCAGAUGCCUUGCGAUGUGUUUUCACACGUUGUUGCUUUAUUUAAUGGGGAUUCUUUCUUGCAGUAUGAUUUUUUGCAGAAACGGUCAACAUUAUUUCAUUCGUUUAUACGAUUUAUGCCUCUUUCCCCUCACGGCUCGCUCAUAAGAAGAGGAGAUAUAUCUCAUCCUCUGGUAAGGCUCAGUCUACAAAAAUGGUAUCUAUGUUUGGACGCUAGAGGAUUAUCACAGUCAUGCAGUCCUCUUCGCAUCUGUUCGACUUUCGUUCUGGAGCCGGCUGCUUGGCAUUCUGCUAUGAUCACUGUCAACAAAGAAAGUAUUUCGCUUAGAAUAAAUGAUGCCCAGAUACCCAUACAUGGAAUGUUCCCUUGUGAUCCUGAGCUAACAGAUGAUAUGACGUUUAUUACUGUUGGUGAAAAAUUUCAUGGAGUCGUUCAAGAACUAAUUGUGAAUUUUAUACCUUUGGUCAUGAUGAUCAAUCGUAAUCGAUUGGCUAGGACUGACUUCGUUCCCACUUCUGCCUCAAAUAUAGCCUAUGAAAAGGCAAAUAUUGAGGAAGCUUUUCUCUAUCUCGAAAACGAUCAAUACUUAAGGUUGCCUUGCUUCGAUGAUCAAAAUGAAUGGAAUUUGCAACUAACUCUAAAACCCAAAAAGGAGGUGGGAAUAAUACUUUUUCUUCCAGGAAUUCAGGAAGAUGAUUGGCUUUGUAUCGCUUUAACUAACUCAAGAUUGAAAAUAAAAUUAUCUUUACGUGGCUUUCGUUCGGAGACCACCAGCUCAACGGAAUGUUUACCUGACCAAUGGCUAGAUAUUAUGUUAUCUAAGCAAAGCGAAAGUGGGACCAUUGAAACCAUUAUAAAUGCAUCGGAACGGCUCCAUGUUCUGCUAACAUUCUCUACAACUAACAAAAGACACAGUGUUUACCCAUUUUUCUCGAUACGACCAAAUCAAAACGAGUCUAAUUUGAAACAAAAUAUUAGUUUAGCCAAUGUUGUAAAUAACACUACGUAUGUUCUAUGUUACGAUGAAUUUUUUAUCGGAAACAUACCGCUUGAAUAUAAAAACGUUAACAGCGAAGAACUGACCUCUUAUUCAGGAAUAAUAGCGUCUUUAAAAGUAAAUAAUAAUUUUAUAGACCUUCAUAGUUUUGGAGUUGAACGAAUUAAAGAUAAUAAAAUUCAACUAUCCUCACGCACAUCGAGCAUAUCUGGUUUUUAUUACGAAACUAGCUGGGGGAUAAGUAAUAGUUUAAAUCUGACAUGUUUACACGCCAGAACAAAACGAACACCUAACAAGGCCUGGUGGUUUUAUUUAGAUAAUGCCAUUAAUAGUAUUUUAGAGAAGAAAUCUGCAAAAGCCGUUGAUGACGGAAAAGUACUACGACUUAUUGCUAAAGCGCCAAACUACCAUAGGGGUUUCUACACUUGCCGUGCGCAUACAAUGAAGAGAACAUGUAAUAUUGUGACGUACGGUGUUAUAGGAGAACUUCAAUACAAACUGGCAGAGCCGGACGCCACCACAAUAAUAGCAAUUUUCACAACUAUACUAUUAGUUCUUGGGACGUUGGGGUGGUUGGUUAUAGAAGGUAUAAACGAUUUGCGUAAUGGUUACGGUUUCUUUCGAGAUGCUCAUUUGUCACCAGAGGAAGAAGCAGCGGCAGUUUGUAAUUACAUUGACCAAAAUCUUCAUUUAUACGGAUCUAGAAGCGCUGCUGAUAUUGCAAAAGCCAGGGCAAGACGUAAAGGUAAAUAUUUAGGAGGUCGAUCGAGUUAUGCAGCUCAAGAACCACAAGGCAGAAUACAAAUUGAAAAAAAUCUAUCGAAGGGCGGGGAUUAUCCUUUGAGUGAACCGGAAGAGCUGCCGGCGUUGCCCGAAGUUAAAAGCUUUGUCGCGAAUGCAGUUCACAACGUGUAUAGAUGUGAGCCAUCAUACAUUGCCUCACCAAAUCUCGCUUCUAAUAAUACAGCGCAAUCUCAACCGCUGUCUUCAUCGUUACAAAGCUCACCAAGGGAUCUAUUCCCACAUUUGUUAGUGUGUAAAUCACAAAGUCCUGGUAUCGAGAAAGACGAGACACGAAAGAGGUGCUUGCUGCUUAAUGAGGUGAUUGAUGAUAAAAUAAAUACCUCAUCACCGGAAACAUCACCUUGUAAGUCCCCCGCUCAUAAAAUCUUGAAUAAAUUCUACAUGUUAAAGCAUAGUGAUGACUGAAAUUUAAAAUGAUCUGUAAAAGUGAUGGUUCAUAAUUAUAGACCCUUUAAACUGAAUAAUAGGACUUUUUCCAAUAUCCUAAUUAUUUAAUCUUUUUUUUUCCUAUAAGCACUCGCUUUAUUCUUUCAACUUUCAUAAAGUUUAUUGUAUUUGGUUUAUAAUAAUGUAAGAAGAAUAUAUGUCUAAGUUUGUUAUAAUUACAGCACAAUUUUGUGAAACUUAAAUAU